CGGGGUGGGACCGGCUCCGCUCCGGGCGGGGACAGGGAGAGGCGGGACCCCGGCCGCAGCAGGCGACGCUCCCGAGCCCCUGCGCCCGUUCGAGUCCCCGUGGUUCCCGCGGACAUUCCCUUCCCACAGCGCAGUCCCCGCGGAGGAGGCCUGGACCCCGCGCUCGGUGCGCCCGCGUAUUUACUCGGCACUAGUUUGGAUAUGAAUCAAAGCAGCGAUGGAUGUGUGAAAAAGAUUAGCAGUGUGAAUCUUGACAAACUUAUAAAUGACUUCUCACAGAUAGAAAAGAAAAUGGUAGAAACUUCUGGAAGGAACAACGUACUGAAUAUGCAGUUGGAAAAAGCUAACUGUUUGUUAAAAGGAAUGCAAACAAAUGAGGCCUCACUUAAAGAAGAAUGUGCUACUCUUCAUAAUAUGGUAAAAGGGCUACAACAGACCAUUGAAUAUCAACAUAAUUUGAAAGGUAAAAAUGAACAACUGAAAAGAAAUGCUGAUCUUAUGAAAGAAAAGUUAAAAUCUCAUGAACAGGAAUAUAAGAAUAGCGUUGCCAAACUUAUAAGUGAAAUGAAAAUCAAAGAGGAAGGACAUAAGACAGAAUUAAGGAAACUUUACCAGGAUAUGCAGAAAAAAGUCGAAUUAAAUGAAGAAAAGAAUAAAGAACUGGUAGAGAAAAUGGAGAUGGAAAUUUCAGAGUUAAAUGCAAAGUUAAAAAUUCAAGAGAAGGAAAAACAAACUGAAAUAAUCAAACUACAGCUAGAGUUUGAUGCCAAACUAGCAAGAGUUCAAACUAAACCAAAAUCAUAUCCAGAUUCUACUGUUUUGCCACAAAGUAUCUACAGAAGGAAGCUUCAACAUCUUCAAGAAGAAAAAAACAAGGAGAUUGCAACUCUUCGUAACACCAUUCGAGAACUGGAGCAGCGCCUCUCUGUUGGCAAGGAUCCUCACCUUAAACGUAGACGGUUUUAAGGACAGCAGUAAAUUCAUUUGUUGCUAUUUAACUCCUUUAAAAGCAGUUGAAAACUUUACUUCUGUUGUUAAUAUAAUAAACUGCCUAAAUAAUAACAAUGUAAGAGACAGCUUUAGACAUUUUAAAUUGAGUUUAUUGAAAUAAAUCCACACUUUGGCCAACUA